CAGCAGUGACUGGCUUCACUGCUCCCCUCAGUUAGUCACCAGUCAGCGGGGUUUCGGUAGUCCGGUAGGUGGCAGUGAAUGUUCUCAGGUAUAUAGGGAGGGCAGGUUGUGGAGGGGGGCGUGUGUUGCUCUUGCUCAAGCGCUCCCAUGUUGCGUAGUCUGGAAACCUGACGUGGAGGGCAGCCGAGCAGAGCGCUGCUGAGUGACAGAGAGACAGAGAGAGUUGCGGCAGAUCCAGAAAGUGCCUGUGCCCGCGCUGCGCUCCUCUCCUCUCCAGAGGCGCGCGACUGGCGACGCGCUCCGACACCGGUCGGCUGGAGGAUCCUCACUUUUGACUGGAACAGACUCCGCUGGCAGGGAAAACUAACAUUCACUGACUUAUGAGAGCGAUGCACUGGCAGCAUGGCCAAGUGGUUCAAGGAGCACCUAGGAUUCAAAACUACCAAAGCACCCCCUCCGGCGCCUCCGAAACCGGACUACAGACACUGUCACACCGGUGUGCCCGCCGGUGGUGGCUACCUGCAGCAACAACCGAGCUCCGGGGCCACCUUUCCAAGCCCGGCUCAACCGGACAUCCUCGCUGCUUACAAACUCCAGAAGGAGCUGGACUUCGAGGACCCGUACACUCCAGGUGGAAACAUUUCCUUCGCACAGAGCUGCUUGAACAGUACUGUGGUGGUGGGGUCGCCGGAUAUCAAGUAUGUGUCGCCAAAACACCGACUUAUCAAGGUGGAAACUAUCGAGAAGAGCAGCCCGGCUCCGGGCGGCGGGGGCACCGUCAGCCAGGCUGUCGCUGUGGGGAGCGUUAAGUCUCCCACUUCACCUCCGUCAGACCACGACAACAACAAGGAGAAGCUCAUCAUCCUUGAAGACUACGCGGACCCUUUUGAUGCCGAGCAGGCUGGCGGCACUCAGACCACUACGGAAAAAGUGACGACGGAGAAUGACGGCUACAUGGAACCAUAUGAGGCCCAGAAGAUGAUGGCAGAAAUACGAUCCGGUGGGCGAGGAACUAAGGAUGGAUCGGCGAGGCAGCUGCCCCUGUAUGACACGCCGUACGAGCCGUCCGAGAACGGUGGCGACUCGGACCCUGAACGCUCGCGCUGCCCCAGAGAGAGCCGGCUGCCCCAGGAUGACGAGCGACCCCCUGAGGAGUAUGACCAGCCCUGGGAGUGGAAGAAAGAGAGGAUUUCCAAAGCCUUUGCAGUAGAGAUUAAAGUGAACAAGGACCUACCGUGGCCCCCUCCCGUCGGGCAGCUCAACACCAGCCCUCCGCUGGUGGAGGAGCUGGAGUCUCCCGGCUCCCAGACACCUCAGCCCUCGCCAGGACAGACGAGCUGUGACCAGCACCACCAUGUCCAGUUUGACGGCGUGGACAAGUCUCGAAUGUCGCCCACCAAGGACGGGAAAACCCGCCCGCUGCAGCGACACUCCAGUGGCUGUCUGGUCAACACCAAAAUGUCUUCGCUGGACCACUCCUCUCUCGGGGAGCGUAUUGACCCCACCAUGCCCCUGGAAAGCCAGUUCUGGUAUCACGGAGCGAUCAGCCGAACAGAUGCUGAGUCUCUGCUCAGGCUGUGUAAGGAGGCCAGCUACCUGGUGAGAAACAGCGAGACCAGCAAGAAUGACUACUCCCUCUCCCUUAAGAGCAGCCAGGGCUUCAUGCACAUGAAGCUGUCGCGGACGAAGGAGAACAAGUACAUCCUGGGCCAGAACAGCUGCCCUUUUGACAGCGUGCCCGAGAUCAUCCAUUUCUACUCCAGCCGCAAGCUGCCCAUCAAGGGCGCCGAACACAUGUCCCUGCUCUACCCUGUAGCCAUCAGGACACUAUAGUGCUCUGGGUCACCUGCAGGCGUCGGCCCCUGCGGUACCCACUGGGCCACCCUGUGGCUCCUCGCUUCCUGUCCCUCUGGACGGAGCCCAGUGGGCUCGCGGGAAGACGAACAGUGGCAUCCCAAAAAAACUGCUGAUCCCGACUCACCUCACUGGCCGACGGAUUCCAGACCUGUUUUGAAGGCCUACUGCAUACCAUCUUACACAUACAGACUCAAUGUUGCAGAAGUCUUUAUUGUUUUUUAUUUUAUUUUAUUUAUGACACCCACUUCUUUGCAUCACAGACUGACUAUCUGAUGAACAAUCAUUUCAUUGAUUCUUGAGCUGAUUUCCCUUAGCACUUAAAACACUCAAAGAAAAAGAUAGGUACAACAUUGUGUCACUGGGGGCGUACCUUUUUAUCAUAACAUGUUGUACCUUUUUUCCUAAGAGUGCACUUCAUGAGCAUUGUGUGUGAACUAGUUUGUUAGCUCAUUUGGUUCGGCUCUGUUGAUACUGUAAUUGUUUGUAAGGGGACUUGAAGAUUGUAGGAGCCGUGUAAGGGAAGCGACGUUUAUGAGGCAUGUUGGGUGAUAUUGUCCACAUGGGCCCCAUACAGUGGUCAGGAUAUUGAAUAAACCGGCCUUGUAUGAAUGGUGUGUCCCCAGCUGCGCGGAAAUAACAGGCCUGUGAGCAGUGCAGACUGAUCUCUCUAUCUUGUCAUAGUGCAUGCUGUCUGCUAUCCAUCACCGAGUGGGUGUAUCACACCAAUGACAGUGUAAGUACCAUAGUGGUGAGACAGGCAGGAGAUCAUGAUGGAUGGGUCAACCCGUCUGACACAGUACAAUUGGCUGAGGCUGGAGACCAGAGCCUGUCCAAAUGGACCAAAUUAGCCCCGCUAUCCCUCCUUAGAAUGGCUUUGCAUCGGGAGAAUGAAAUAUGCCUGCAUUGUCUACCUCAGAAAAAUCAAUUUCAUUCGCCCAUCUGCAGAUCAAUAGGUACAAUGGGAUUGCAGACAUCGAUCUGCCCUCCCUUCGACAUUCCCAAUUCCCUUAAAAAUUGCGUCAUCGGUUUUAGGAACAUGCGUUUUGAAACCAAGAUAUUUUUUUUCAAGCAGAUUUUUCCAGAUCAGCAAUUGUAUGUAUAGUCACUAAUAUGAUACUGUGUGAUGUCAGUAACAAAUGUUUGGUUAAUGCCUUAUAAUGCAUGGGUCAAAUCAGUCCGCUAGAUCAGCUGAUUUCCAGUUCUGCUUUUAACGAUUGUUCUGUGACUGUAAUUUAUUCUGGGGUAAUUAUUACUGAUGUGUUACUCCUUUCGUGAUGGCCCGUCGGCCCCCCUGCCCUUGCUCCUCAUUGUCCUGUGCCGAUGUGAUCGUGUUUUUUGGGACUACUCCAGCCUCUUUUUACUGUGGUGCUUUGCAUUUUUUUUUUUGUUCUUUCAAGUUCUGCUAAAUGCACGUUUGCCUCGGUGGCCUGAUGACCGGGACACGAGUCACGGUGUCUCCUGACCAACUGGGUCGUCGAGCCUCGCGUGAGAGACGAUCGCAUAUUAUUCUCCUCCCCCCGGACCAAUCACAGUGCAACCUGUUCGAACUGGGAUAAACCACCUACCUUCAUUCUGUCAUGCUUCCACUUUGCAUUAAAAUCUCUCUAUCACCUACCCUUUACUACCAGAUGUGCAUACAUGUGUGAAUGUGAGUGCAUGUGUCCGGUAUAUGAGAAUGUGUGCACAGACUCUCUGAGUUCCAGUGUGUUGUUUUUUUGUUACCCUGCUGGUACAAACUGGUGACAGCCCUUGCUUGAACCUCUUUGGUUGUCAGAACCUUUUUUUUAUUUCGCCCUUAAACUCAAGAAACUAGAAUUCAGCCCCAUGACUCUUUAAUUUUAAUUUCUCCUCGUGUUUUCUCAUUAACCACAUUUUAAUUUAGCAACUCCUAGGAAUGACAUGUCUGUCUUGUGGCCUGCUCUUUGCAGGUUAUUGUAAUAUUUUUAGUCCCCAGCAUAUAAUACUGCUGACCAAUUACAGCAAGAAGAAUUCUAAUGAGAGUGCUUAAUACUUGUAACAAACUGCCUCUGCAGAGGAAACCUUUGUCAGUCUUGUGAGUUGCAAAAUGCUGUGGUUUAAUGAGCAAAUCCCAGUAAAAAUGGAAAUUUUAGGGGGGCUUUGGUCCAAGCUGAAAAUGACUGACACUAGGAAUUAGAAAGCGAUUAAGCGAGCAUGACCACUCUAUAUACGAAGUCAAAUACAUUUUGGCUUUCUCCGCUGUGUGCUAUGCAACUAUAAACUGCAGUCAUUGAAGGGAAAAAUGAUUGGAGUGUGUGCCUCCACCAAAUGUUUAUGACAAAUGUGAUGGUACAAAAAUGUCCACCGGUAAGUAAUCCGCAGAAGUUAAAGGGAAUAGUGUGCAGAAAGUUGGAUGUAUACAGACGUUUAUUUUGUUGGUGCAGUAAGUGAGUAGACAGAUGUUGCUGUCAUUAGAUAAGUAUGUCAUAUGAGGGCGUCUGUUCACGUGAUGAGGCGAACUCUGCAGCUUUAUUAAGGAAUAGUAUGUGAUGUCGAAGUGGACCUAUGUAUUUCCUUGAGAGCAGAUAUCCUAAGAAGAAAUAAAACUAUACGUGUGAUGUAUCCUUUAUGUUCCGAAUGUUCCCUGUUUAAGAGAUCAAAUGUUGACAGUAGAGGCUCUUUAUUUAGUUACUGCUGCUGCUGCUGAUGAGUGUUACUCUACUAUAGGAAAGAGCCUGCGUGUGACGGCCGCACUGCCUAGAGAGAGGCCUUAGCUUUGGAGAAAGGGAAAAUGAGAAUAGGGGGGAGGGAUUUGCUGCAAUCAGCAGACACACUCUUCACAUUCGUAUAUUUCUAUUAUGAGAACCUGAAAGAACCCUUCUCCCUUAGAAGUGUCUUAAAGUGUGUGUGUGUGCGCACAAUUGUUCAUGCAUGAAACAGUGUUUGUGUGUGAGUGUGUGUUUGUGUGUACUGGUGUAAGCAACCAUCAGCCAUUGACUUGCCCCGUGUGUGUCUUCACUUUACUGUGGUAAAGUGGCAUGUAUGAGUUUCCUCUGUGUACAUUUCCGUGCCACGUAUGUAUGCACUACUAUAACAUAUCUCUGUACAGUCCCUCAUGGCCAAAUGUAUAUACUGAAUGUAUUGUAUGGGGACAUAGAGGCAUCAAGGUUCAAAAUAAAUAAAAUCGGGUUUAUGAGUUAACGUGUGA